AUGGAGAAGGGAACAUUACGAGACUUCCGGAUCUGCACUAGGGAUUUUAAUAGCUGGAUGCUGUUCAAGCUGUCAUUUGUUUCUUUCUAUUGCUGGCGUUAUUCUGUUCACACAUCAGAGCAGUAUUCCAGUAUUGACAUUUCGAAUAGUAUCGGUGGCAACCUAUAUCAUACCGUACUACACUUUGGCUUCUCCGCUGAUUCUGCUUCUACUUCUUAAGUGGUCAUCAGCUAAACGGAGAACCAAACUCGCUAAGAUUACAGUUACCUCUGAUGAAAAUGAUGCUUAUUUUAACACAUAUUCAAAAAUGUGGGCAACACUUUGACUAAUAAAGAUAGGUUUUGAUCUAUUCAAAAGGAAACUGUCAAG